GACCAAUUAGAGUAGGGCACCUGCUCGGAUCAGCUGCCGCCGAGUGCAUAGAGGCGUUUCUCCAAGCACAAGGCAUCUUAUCUUCAUCCCGUUCAGCAGGGCAGGAUGCUACGGCCAGCGGCUGCCGCCGUUUAUCCGUCAUCCUACCACGCCCCACCGCCGCGAUUCCCAGCAUUUCCGGCCGGACGACGCUCGGCCGCCAUAGCCGUCCGGUGCGUGAACCGCGACGCGCCCGAUACCUCGAAGGCGAAGCUGAAGGUCGGCUCGCCGAUCGUCAUCACCGAGGAACCGCCCAUGCUCAAGACCGCCGCGUCGGUGCCGUCGCUCCGGCAGAACGCCGGCCGCGUCAAGCCCGGCGACGUCGGGAGGAUAAUGGCGCGGAAGCCGAAGGACGUCUGGGCCGUGCGGCUCGCCGUCGGCACGUACCUGCUGGACGGGAAGCACUUCAAGCCCCUGGAGGUCGUCGAGGACGAAGGCGGCGACGAUCAACCCCAGGAUGAAUGAGCAUCAGAUCCAGCAACAAUCAGCAAAACAUUCUUACAUGUUAGUAUGGUGCACAAACUGCAAUGAAUGGAUUCAGGAACUAGGAUGCCCAUUUCGGUUUUCCCGAUAAAAUAGUCGGAGCACGCCAAACACAAACGAAUAGGGGCUUUGCCUGGUUGAACAUAGGUACAGCCAUAGAAGAGUGUGAAUCGGUCAUAGAACUAUACAGAUUGCAGACACAGAAAAAUAGUAUCGUUAGGCCGUGGAGAUCUUGGGUGUCAGGUCGUGCUCAAGAGUUACUUCUUCCAUGGCUGUUUAAUCCCGAUCACGGUGCAAACCGAUAUCAGCAGAAGGAUCAGGAGAAUGAUGAUGGCGUAGCACAUCCAUUGUCAGGUCGAUCUUGGGUGGGUGCCUUCUGGAGAGCACCCACACCUUGCUGUAUGUUGUCGGCAGCAUGUGAAACCUUGGAAAAACAUGGUGCGAACAUUUCGUUA